CUGGAAUUAAAAGACCCUUACAAAGCAAAGCAAAAGAAAAGAAGAAAAUUCCCCAAAACUUUACAAUAACACAUUAUAUUUUCUUCUCUCUCUCUCUCUCUCUCUCUCUCUUUUGUAAACAACGACGACAGACAAAGAGAAACGGUUCUCUUUUCCUUUUUGUUAUUUGCUUUGCUUUGAUUUGAUUCAUCUCUAUAUUGUAAUUUGUGUAUGUAAAACAGUGGUGGUAGCAAUCAUUGUCGAAGACAGAUAGAUAGAGAGAGGGGCUUUGUUCUUGGCCCUCGAAUUCUUAGCCCUUGAUUUUGGCCCGUUUCUUUUACACACUCUCUCUCUCUCCCACAAUUAUUCCCAUUUUUUUUCUUAAUUCAUUCGGUAAUUCUUAGGGAUCUCUCUCUGCAUAUUUAGCGACAGCAAAAAGGGUUAAGGGAAACGGCUAAAUACUUUCCGUUUCUUCGCUUUCGACUGAAUCUGCUGAAUUUCCGCUUCUUCUUUUUUCUGAUUCUGGUUUAACUCUGCCCUCGCCGCCGCUGCUGUUUCUCCCCAUUUCUGCUAAUCCUUGACUUCACUGUUUGUUUAAUCCUUGUCGACCCAAUUUCGUACCCCACGAAAGGAGAAGACCCAGUUUGUUUUUUUUUUUUUUUUUUUGUUUUUGUGUUUCUUUCACAUCUACAAAUGUGGUGGAUGAUGGGUGAAGGUGGAGGCCAUUACUGUUCCAAGAAAUCUGAUGAUAUUUGUGGCGAUGUUUGUGAUCAGGAAUCCAAUCGAGUAUUGGGGAUGUCUAGACUUCGCUGCAUUUUUCGUGGAUAUGAUGUGAAAACCUUCCUUAUUCUUUUUGCACUGGUGCCAACAUGCAUCUUGAUCAUUUACUUGCAUGGACAGAAGAUUUCAUACUUCUUACGGCCACUAUGGGAAUCCCCACCUAAAGAAUUCAAUAUGAUUACUCACUACUAUGAUGGGAAUGUAUCUAUGGAGAACCUAUGCAAACUCCAUGGUUGGAAAGUCCGUGAAUUUCCACGACGUGUUUAUGAUGCUGUGCUGUUCAGUAAUGAGAUUGAGAUGCUCACCUUGCGAUGGAAAGAACUCUACCCUUACAUUACACAGUUUGUUCUUCUCGAGGCAAAUUCAACAUUUACUGGGAAGCCAAAGCCAUUAUACUUCGCUCGCAAUAGAGACCAAUUCAAGUUUGUGGAGUCAAGAUUUACUUAUGGCACUGUUGGAGGGAGAUUUAAGAAAGGGGAAAACCCGUUUGUGGAAGAGGCAUUUCAGCGGGUUGCACUUGAUCAGCUUCUCAGAAUUGCUGGUAUCACUGAUGAUGACUUGUUGAUAAUGUCUGAUGUCGACGAAAUUCCAAGCAGGCACACAAUUAAUCUCUUGAGAUGGUGUGAUGACAUACCAGAAGUUCUUCAUUUACAACUUAAGAACUAUUUGUACUCUUUUGAGUUCCAUGUUGAUGACAAUAGUUGGAGGGCUUCAGUCCAUAGAUACAAAUCUGGUAAGACAAGGUAUGUUCAUUAUCGCCAAUCGGAUGACCUGUUGGCAGAUUCAGGGUGGCACUGUAGCUUCUGUUUCCGUCGUAUCAGCGACUUCGUCUUUAAGAUGAAAGCAUACAGCCAUAAUGACAGAGUUAGGUUCUCUAGUUAUUUAAAUCCCAAAAGAAUUCAAAAGAUUAUCUGCAAGGGUUCCGACCUAUUUGACAUGCUUCCAGAGGAGUACACUUUCAAAGAAAUUAUUGGGAAAAUGGGACCAGUUCCUCAUUCUUUCUCAGCAGUUCACUUGCCAUCGUAUCUGCUGGAAAAUGCAGAAGACUACAAAUUCCUUUUGCCUGGGAAUUGCAUACGAGAGAGUGGCUGAUCUCUAACUUUGGCGUCUACCUCCCUGUGAAGGUUAGUUGCGAUGUAGCUUGUCUGACACCUCGUGGACCUUCCAUCUCGAUAGUUGUUGACCAAUAUGCAGUCAACCGUGGUGGUCUUUUGCCUCCAGAUAAGCUAAUGUUAAUUCUUUUGGAAGUUGUAACUGCUUGGACAGUUGAACUAAUUCCAUGGGUGGAAGUUAUGUGUAGAUAUCUGUCUUCUUUGGGUUGGUUUGGUUCAAGAGUUUAUCUAUUCAUUGGGUGGGUGAACUUGCUGUCAUAGGAGCCGCAGCAUAUUAGACAAAAACCCCCUUGCGUUGCCAUUGUAUUUGAGGCUGUUGUGCUUUCUUCCCAUUAUUGGGAAAUUUUGUAUACACGACUAUUAUUUAUAUCAUGUAUUCAUAUUUGCGAUAGACCUGAUUUCUAAUCCUCGUUCUGAUACAUUCCUCGAUCUUGUCUUUGAGCUUGUUUGGAAUGAUUCUUUAAGUGUUUAGAAAGUGUUUGUUUUUAAACAUUUGGGAGUUAUUCUCGACAAGCAUUUAUUUUUUAGUUUUUCGGUCCUUUGGUUGAAUACUGGCGUAGUCGAAGUGUCCAUGUAUAUAAAGAUUCUUGUCAUGGUUGUAAUUUAUUGAUAUUUAUUAGGCAGCCUGACGGGUAGGUUUUCCAUCAAUGACUAUUUUUUUCAGAUGUCGACAUUUACUGUCCUAGUUGCAAACGAAAUGACCAAACUUACUCUUGGAACCAGUUGCUUGAGACAAAUCGGGUCAGAUUUUUUGGUAUGAUGGAAACCUUGUAAGGUUUGUUUCUAUGUUACAUGAGUUGUAAAUAAGAGAGAAGUGUCUUCCUCUUCAAUUUGAUUAUUCCACAAAAAAGGCUUCUAACUUUAUUUUGCCUUUUCUAAGUCUUGGAUAUUCUUGAACUGAAUAACUUUUACCCCAGCUUUUUAAGUGAUGUCUCUUUCAUUUCCCAGCUAAAAUAAAAACCUUAUUGUGACCCCUUCUUUCAACAGAGGAGAAGGUAUUGGAUUCAAACCUCAUCCUCUUGGAAUAAAAUUGUUCUUUAUAUGACAGUUUGGAGGCAUUCAAAUACCACAUUCACGAAAAGGAAACCAUCACAUUUGCUUCACUAGCGGAUUAGAAAUGUCUUCUAGAAAUUCUCAGCUCAAGUUCAACGUUGAUCGUGGAACUCCUUCCUCAGACGACUAUGGUGGAUACAUUUCUGACUCUGUGCUCGAGACUCGAAAGCACCACAAAAACCAAAAACCUCAUGUAACGUUCAGUGACAACAACAACAACGAGGUACCUGAUGUUCACAAGACUUCUAAACACCGCCAUGCUCAUUUCUACACCAAUGAUAUCAAUGAUGAGGCCGAAGAGUUCAUUAGGCUGAAGCACAACCAGAUGUCUAUUGACCUCUAAAUUCUAAUGGAAAGAAACUGUUCCAAUUGGUGAAGUUAGCGCUUAAUUAUAUGACCCAAUAAUGUUCUGAUGCUACAGAGCUCCUUGCAAUUGUUAAAAUAUUUAUAUUUCCUAUGUGAACAUUUCAAAGUUCCAGGAAUAAUACAGACUGUUUAUAUUA